CCGAUAGGUCUUAUUCUAAUGCUAAGACAACAUGAUACAGUAACUUUGUGCCUUUAAACAGAAACGGAUUGCUAUAAACCUGUCACCUUAACCCUCAGUUCAAUAGCACACCCGUUGCCAGAUAAGACACGCAGACAUUACAAUACACAUACACUCAGGUCUUCUAUAUUCACACACACACACACACACACACACACACAGUACCCAUAGGUUCAGGUCCUUAUUGAUUUCCGUUGAAUUCCCAGGUUCACUGAAAGCGGCCUGCUGGCUUUAAGGGGGUGCUACAGCACCCUCAGCACCCUCAGCACCCUCAGCACUACUUUCCGAGGCUAUGCCUGUUUCAAGACGUCCACUAUCAUCCCCGUGCCCAAGAAUGAGAAAUGAACUGAACUGAAUGACUAUCGACCCCUUAGCCCUCACCUCCGUCACCAUGAAGUGCUUCGAGAGGCUAUUCAAAGACCACAUCACCUCCCUCCCAGACACAAUUUGACUACCGCCCCGGUGUCUACGGACGAACACCGUUGAUUAUUCGAUCGGGAGGACGAAAAGGGAUGUCAAACUAUGGUGUUGUGUUUGUUCUUGCAGGUUUCUACUGAGGUGUGCGGGUGUUAACUUCACAAGAUGCCGAUACAAGAGUCUUUUUACUUUUUAGAAAUCUUCAUCCCGAUGAUCACAUUUGGCAUCACCAUCAUCUGCUGCACAGCCUUUUGUAAGGCCUUCCACCGGGCCCGCCAGGAGCAACUGAACCGGGAGGAGAGACGAGACAGGCCCUCCAUCUACGUCAUUCCCUUCCCCGCAGUAUCUUAUGACAGCGAAGACCUCCACAGGCCUCCUCGCUACAGCACCUCAGAGUUCUCCAGCCCACCUCCGGCCUACAAUGAGGUAUUAGUCCAUCCUAAACACGAGGUGGAGAUGAAGCCAGACUUUAUCCACCCAGAGCUUCCUCCAGCCUACUCGGAGGUCUCCAACGUGCCUGUUUCCCCCCUGCAACCUUACUCGGCGUCUCGUGAACCCCACUCCCAACCAUAGGACCGUACCAGCUUAGGAAGCCUGCGAGGGGGAGGCCUGAAGCCACAUACUAAGGGAUAAAUGACACAGAAUAUGGCACAUACUGUAUGUGGAGUGGGGAUUCUGAAGCUGGAUAUGUACAUGUAUACCACAGAGACUUGGUCCUUGGGAUUGUUCAAUGGGGACGUGAGGUGGAAAGUUUGGAGACCAAUAAGGAAAAGCAAGUGUUUGGACAUCUAUGAAAGUGUGUAACUGUAAAGCAGAAGUUGGGGACAAGAGAUUGAAUGGGGUUGCGUAGUAGCUAUAGCUACCAAUCUGUACAUACCAGUGUGUAAAUAUUAAUACAUCUUUCAAAUUUUAUUUUUCAAGGUGUUACUUUUUCAAGGUGCCAUGGAACUUGCUGUGUAAUAUGGUAAAUAAAGUCUGUUUUCGUUACCAAAGA